GGGAGCUCCGGCAGGGCAGGAUGGCUGCAGGGCACGACCUGAAAGCCGCCCAGAAGCGAAUCUCCUUCGGGACAACCCAGGAACGGAAAAUGUUCCCGUAUCACUAYGCCCCGGACAGGCUGGGCAUCGAGAUGCCAGCGGUGGGGAGAAACCCUCUCCUGGGGCCAGGCUGUUACCUGGGGCCGGAGACAAACAUCCUCCAAUCCUCCAUAAGCACCAARCCCAUGAGCACCCGGGGGUACGCGAUGGGAGCCAGGACGGGCCCGCGCUUCCAGAAGAAGGCUCGGAUGGUAGGACCUGGCCCUGCCACAUACGAGCCCUUCCCGAGGGACCCGAGGAGUUACCAGCCUGCCCGCGUUCCCUUCUUCUCCAGCACCCCUCGAUUCUCAACCAGGCCGACGCAAAACGAAUUUUUCCCCGGGCCUGGGACUUACAACAUAGACCAACCUUUGAACAAGAAAGUCACUUGGCCGAUGAAAUUUGGGGCUCCCGAUUGGGCUGCAGUGCCACCCCCACCCCAGAGGAUGGUGAAGAUGGAGGUCCAGAAGUUGACUAUGGAUAAAAACUUCCGGAAAAAUCAGGGAAGACAGGCCUACCUGAARAUGUACUACAGCUGAGGAGCCACAUCCUUCUGCCUUUGGAGAUACU